CCUGCUGUCAGUCAUCUGCACUCUACAGUGACUCUGUCGGUUUCAUUAUAUGCCUGCUGCUUGUGUAGCGUAUAGUUCUGUCCUCAGUCCUGAUCGGUGUGGUCGAAGUCAAAGGCACAUCUUUAAAUAGGUUACUUUCAUUUUUCACUUCAUUCCACACAGGCGUAAGACGGGCGCGGGACAGUAUAGUUAUUAGUCCUCUGAGUGUGAGGCGGACAUGGCAACCAAGACUUGUAAACGCGCUUUGGUCGACGUGCUGGAAGAUCUGGAUAAGAUGCAGUUUAAGAAGUUCUGCUCCGCGAUCCUGGACCACAAGAGAGAUCCGCGGCUCAGACGCGCAGAUGUGGAAGACAAAGAUCGUCUGGAGAUUGCAGAUGUCCUGAUUACAACUUUCACAGAGUCCGGAGCUAAAGAGGUGGUUCUGGAAAAGCUGGAGGAGAUCGGCUGCAACGCGCAAAGAGAGAACUUUGCCAGGGACAUAAAUGAAGGAUCACCGACAUCUUUUUCCCGUUACGGAGACAUCAUGAAGGUGGAAACCACUGGAGCUUCAGAGAAAACUGCUCAGCAGGACAAGCUGAAAUUCUCAGGUCUGAGGGCAUCGUACGCUAUGGCGGAGUCUGAUCUGAUACAAAUGAACAAUUACAAAACCAUCAUCAAAAACGCAGCUCGUGAGAAAGAAAUUGAUCCAGCUCUCAUCGCUGCCAUCAUCUCCAGAUCCUGCAGGGCUGGGAAGACACUGACAGGAGGCAAGGGCUGCUAUGACGAAAAGAGAAAAGAUUAUAAUACCUACGGCCUGAUGCAGCUUGAUGUCAAUCCAAAUGGAGGUGGACACACUCCGAAAGGUGCAUGGGACAGUGAGGAACACCUCUGCCAAGGCCUCGACAUCCUGGCUUAUUUCAUCAUACGCAUAAAGAAUAAAUUUCCUAAGUGGAGCAAGGAGCAGCAGCUGAAAGGAGGCAUAGCAGCCUACCAUGCAGGAGAUGGGAACAUCCACUCCUAUGAAGAGGUGGACUCCAGCACCGCAGGUGGAGACUACUCCAAUGAUGUUGUUGCCAGAGCUCAGUGGUACAGAUGCAAUGGUGGCUUUUAAAACCCGAAGCUGCCCACAACUUCCUAAAAAUCCUACAUGAACCAAUAUGUGUAAUGAGUGUUAUAUAUCUAAACUUAACCCCUCCACAAUGAAACGUCCAGCUCCCAUAAUUCUGUAAGGAAUGAAAAACACACAAAGUAUUAUCAUACCAAUGAGUCAGUAAAUUCCACAGUGGGCUUCAAAUUUAUCCCAAUUUUUAAGCUACUAUUUGUUUAUAUUAAAUUGUUACCAUUAAAUCUGUGCCAAAUGAUCUGUUAGCUUGUUUGAAGUUUACCCAUAAUUGUACAGAGACCUCUCACUUUACUGCUUUGAUACUGAAAGAAAUGUAAAAAUGUGACUUUCUCAGGGAAAAUCUGGAGUAAUAAUUACUACUGUUUGAUUAUGAUUGUUGUUUUUUUUUUUUCAACUUACUGUUACACUGACUGACACACUGAAUUUUCCCUCCAGCCAUGAUGCUACAUGGCUAAAUAACACCUCACACCACAUUAUCUGAGAGUAUUAUAUAGGGUACAUUCCGUUUUAGCUUGUUCCAAGCCCUGUUUACACAAGACUCCAUGUAUGAGCAAAGUUUGUAAUGACUGACCCUCUGGAAGGUCAGUGAUAAAGACAAAGGAUUAAACAUCAUGACUGAACAGAUUUCCAAACAUAUAGGAGGAAAACAACAGAGGAUAUGUGAGGGGAAACUCAACAAAGCAUUUCCUUUAUGUAUGUGUGUGUGCCUUUUUUGUACACUCAUGUAACCUCUUAAACUUUGUAUAUGGUCACAACAACUUCUAUUGUCUUGUUUACCUUCAGGUUCUGUUGUUUGUUUACUUCUAUACGACUGUAAGAAACAGCCUUCCUGUCAACCGCUUGUUGAAAAUGUUUCUCAAACACUGAAGAAAGACUUUGAAGAGAGUUUGUAUCCAUUUGACACACAUCACUGAUCUGCAGAGAUAAGUGAUAUCACUUGAUGUGAUAUCCCAUGUGUUAUACAACUGUGCUCACUGAAAAAGAUUCAAGGUUAAAGUCACACGGUGGCAUUUGCAGACCCUUUAACUGUGUACCCGUUGUCACCAAUGGUGAACUUUAAACAGAACACACCGUAAUACUGAAAAUGAAAGGUUAAAGUGGGGCUGAAGUUCAAGGCUAAUGAAAUAUAAUUCAUUAAAAAAGUAAAUAAAGGUUUCAGAACCUGACCUGCAAAAUGUGAGUUCAGUAAUGACUAUCAAGGAAUAAAAAUAAGCAG